GAGCGGAAUACAGCCCGGUGGAAAAGUUAUUUUUCCGGAAAUCUCCAUUCGUCUGGAGAAUUUUCAUCAUUUUUAUUAGGCGACACGAGCUCGGGGGACAAAGUUCUACGGCCGAUCGCGGAAAACUCCGAUUCUCAUUUCGUUACGGUCGAUCGAGCCGGAUAUUUUGAGGUUAUUCGCUAUUCAAGAUUACGCGAAACAUGAAUUUGGAGCGUUUUGUAUCGACACGUGUGCGUGAGGUCCUCGAGUCCGUUUCGGAAGCGACGAUUUUUGUUCCUUUGUCGAAUCUUACGUCGAUCCAAAGUUGUAAUUUUUUUUCGAGUCUCCUCGUUCGUUGUAGUUUCGAAACGUUGAUUUCGACGGUUCACGCACUCGCGAUUAGAAGCUCGUAAAAUUUGGAACAAAGUUUAUCAGCGAAGAUGGUCGACGGAGUGAAAUGAAAAAGUUUCGGCGCCGUGAAAUCGUCGAGAAAGUUUUACCGCCGAGUGUACGCAGACUAAAAAAUACGUUCGAAGCGCUAGACCAAGAGACACGGAGCGAGGAGAGGGAAAAUUAGCUGCGUGUAACGUUUAUAGAAACGGAGGGGAGUGAAUUUACUCUCACUUUCCGUCUCUCUUUCUCUCCGUCACACGCGUUGCUUUUGGAACUGGAAUUUUGUUCUCCCGCGUACACGAAGCACGAGUCCGGCUACGAGGGGACCAAGGGAACGACGACGACGCGCCAGUAGCUCGAGUUCCACGCGACGAGUCAACGACGUCGUUCCUACCGACACCGAUACACACACAUAUUUGUACAUUUUUGUAAACACGUGUCCAGUCGACGCUUCGCGUUGUAACGUAUCAUUAUGCUUACCAAACAACAAGAGGGUCUCAAUGGCCGUCUCCUGUUCGCUAUUGCUGCCGCAGCACUCGGUUCCUCGUUCCAACACGGUUACAACACUGGAGUUGUCAACGCGCCACAAAGUCUCAUCGAGGAUUGGAUAUCGUGGACACUGAAAAAUCGAACGAUAUCGGAUACGAAUCCAACGGGGACGACGCCAACGAAGGGCGACGUGACGUUCAUAUGGUCAAUAGCAGUGGCGAUAUUCUGCGUGGGUGGAAUGAUCGGUGGUUCGUUGGUUGGUGUGAUAGCGGACAAACUCGGUCGGAAGGGUGGUCUUCUGUGGAUAAACGUGUUGGUAGUGGUGGCGGUGGUGCUGGAGGGAUUUUCGAGGAUGGCAAAGUCCUUCGAGAUGAUAAUUCUUGGAAGAUUCAUCAUCGGUAUAAAUGCCGGCUGCAACGCUGGUCUCGCUCCGAUGUAUUUGGCGGAAAUAUCGCCGAUGCAUUUGCGAGGCGCUGUUGGAACUGUUUAUCAACUGGUAAUCACGAUCUCCAUCCUCGUCGCUCAAAUUCUGGGAAUGAAUCAGUUGCUGGGAACCGUCGACCAUUGGCCACUGUUGCUGUGCUUGACAAUCGUACCAGCAAUUUUCCAACUGUGCACGCUUCCGCUGUGCCCCGAAAGUCCCAAGUACCUUUUGCUCAGCCGCGGUAAGGACAUGGAAGCACAAAAAUCCCUGGCCUGGCUCCGGGGCACGAUCGAAGUUCAUGACGAAAUGGAAGACAUGCGAGCCGAAUACGAAUCCGUGAAACUCGUUCCACGGGUCACUCUCAAAGAAUUAUUCGUCAAUCCCACCCUCAGAAUUCCACUCUUCAUCGCCGUCAUGGUCAUGUUCGCCCAACAAUUCUCCGGCAUCAACGCCGUCAUGUUCUUCUCAACGAAAAUCUUCGAAAUGGCUCAACUUGGAGAAAGUGCCAAAUCUGCUACCAUCGGCGUCGGUGCUAUGAACGUCGUCAUGACUCUUGUUUCACUUAUUCUUGUUGAAAAAGCCGGCAGGAAGACUCUCAUGCUCCUUGGCUUCGGAGGAAUGGUCAUCGUCACCAGCCUGCUCACCGUCUGCCUCUCCUAUGCUGAUGUAUCAUCGGCCGCAGCCUACUCCUCGAUAGUUCUCGUAAUUCUGUUCGUCGUCCUCUUCGCAAUUGGGCCGGGAAGUAUUCCAUGGUUUUUGGUAUCAGAGCUUUUCAACCAGUCGGCAAGGCCCCCGGCGACGUCGGUGGCGAUCGCGAUAAAUUGGUCAGCAAAUUUCUUGGUGUCGGUGGCAUUUUUGCCGCUUCAGGAGGCACUAGGAGCGAAGGUUUUCGUCAUAUUCGCCCUGCUUCAGGCUGGCUUCACUUUCUUCAUUUGGAAGAAAGUACCGGAAACAAAGAACAAAACGAUGGAAGAAAUAAGCAGCAUGUUCAGACAACGAUCGUAUCAGUGAAAAACCCCGAGAAAGCAUUGAGCUAUACUAAUAGUAUAGUUCAGUAUGAAACAGAGUGGAACUCGUUUCCACAUUAUCGCGGUAAAUAAUGCUGGAACGAAAUCAAAGGCACGCAGAGAAGUUUUUUUUUAGUGAAAAAUCUUUCCAGAUUUAUUUUUCCCGGAUUUUGACGAAAUUUUCGUUCCGAAAGGGUUUUUUUUAAGUCCCACGACAGUUCGGGGGACUAAAAGAGGAUUUCGUUGAUAAAUAGAACGAGAGCUUUCGUAAAAAUUUGGGAAAAUAACAGAAGUAACGAAGAGCGAAACUGGUUCAUAUUGUAACGUCGAAACUUAGUUCCUAUUUAUUCCCGUGGCAGAGAGCGAUUAAUCGUUUGCCAAAAACAGUUAUCGAAUAUCCAUUAAUCGAGAAACGAAACCUCGCUCGAUAUGUGAAAUUCAGUUUUCCCCGAGCGAGUAGUUUCGUCAUCGAAUUCUCUGAUCGUUUUUCUUUCGUUUCAUUAUUAUUUUUCUUUUCAUUUUCAACGAAUCGGUGACUCGUUGUUACACACGAGAUCGAAAUUAAUGUCAUGUGCGAAUGUAUAAAUGUGUGUUUAGAGAUUGUCGAAAAAGCCAACACUUUAUGGGGGGGUUUGAAGGAUUUCGACUCUAGUCACGUAAACAAAACGUUCGUGUCGUUAUCUUUUGUCCUCUUUCAUUUUUUUAAAUAUCCAAACAAUUAGCGUUAGCAGCAGAUAAAAUUUUAAAGCAUCCAACUAUUUUUGUGUCUUUUAAAACAACGAAACGAACCCACCUGAGAAAGAAGCUUUUUCUUUAUAUUUUCUUUUUUCAUCAUUUUAUCACGCAACGAACAUGAGUCAACAAACAUCAAAGAAACAAAUAAGCAGAGAAUAGUUUAAAGUCUCAUGACAGACAGAGAUUUCGUCAUUUGUUUUAGCAUAGUUUGUACAGAACAUUAAGCCUCAUAUUUAACGAAGCAUCACCAACUUAAAAAUGUCCUUCUCAUCUCUGUGCCCCCUUCUACCUUCUCCUGCCCUAAUAAUAAUUGUAAAUAUAACCUAAAAACAGUGUUAGAUCAUGUGAAGAAUCGUGAAUGGUACAGUUACCGUUUUUAGUCCUAUUUUACGUGAGAGAUCUAUGUUAAAGCACAAAACAUUGUGAAAUAAGAAAGAAAAAACCACAAAAACAACAAUAAAAGAUAAAAAGCACAGGUUACAGUUUUCUGCAAACACAAUAAUCGUGCAAAUGUAAUGUCGUUUAACGAAACGAAGGAUCGAUACGUGUUUGUAUGUCUCUAAUCGGCGAAUUGUAGUGACUCUCAUGGCGUAACAGUGUUUUUUUGUUCUUCAUCAACGUCCUUCGCGUCUUAUUACAUUAAUUUUAAAAAUGAUAUCAAAUACUCAUUCUAUUUACACAAUAGCAAUAUAAAUAUAAAUAGAAUCACAGACGAUGUGUCGUUUUGAGGUUAAACCGCGAAGAGACAAAAAAUAAAUUGAAUAAAUGGAAUAAACAUUUAUUUGUAUAUGUUUAAGAAUAUGUGAAAUUUCGUGAGACGUAAACAUGUCGUGAUUCGUGACUCGUGUAUCCGGCGAAAGAAGGAAAGGGACAACAAAAAAACUACAAAUCGAACGAACAAAUGUCGCUUUUUUUAAUGUUAUACAUCUAUUUUCAUUACACCUGCUCGAAUAUUUUUCUGAAAGGAUAUUUAUCUAUAAAUGUACAUACGUAUAUUUAUACAUAUUUAUGUACAUAAGAAUGACUGGAACGAAGAAAAAAGCAGCACAAAUAUUCUGUCAGAUCGCCUUUGCCCGAGUCACUUUUGAUCCAGAAACGGAGAACCAUAUUGUUAGAGAAAACAAAUAUAUAAAUUUAAUAGAAAUAUAAAAUCGAAAUUGUUGAAAGGAAAGAACAAGAAAUGCACACGUUAUAACUAAUGAUUCAUUCGAACCAUCAUACAACGUUUUUCGAAUGUUUUCUUUGUUUUUUUUUUCUAUUUUUCUUCUGGAUGUAAAAAUUUGUGUACAAGAUGAUUGCAACGUUGUUGUUGUAGCAUUUAGUUGUAGUGUGUUCUUUUAUAUUUUAUCAAAGUGUAAUUAUAAAUGUAUGACGUAGAAUUAUAUUACAGCGUGAACAUUUUCCCCUGUUAAAACAACCGUUGGCACAUCUUUUUUGUUUUAUAUUAGCAGCGAGACAAAGUAAUCGACAAAAAGAAAUAUGAAUUUUAUUUCGAUACGAUGCACAAGUGGAAGAAUUGAGGAGAAAACUCUUGUUAGAGCUUUCGAGAUGUAAAUUCAUACUUUUUUCCCCUGAAAUAUUGUGUAUACACCGCAGAGCAGAGAUAUGUUGAAUCAUAUCGAAACAGCUGCGUAUGUUUCCUAAAUGAUGAAAAUAGUUAAGAAAAAUACAUAUGCUCCGUCAGGGUGUUUAAGAAAUUAAUGAAAUUACUAUCAUAUCGUUAGGACGAACAUCAGCCAAUCGCCCUGACGUUGUACGAGUGUAAUAAGUUGCGAUAUACGUAUUUUUUUAUGCUAAUAUAAUUAUAUAUAUACAUGUAUUUAUAAAACGAAUAAAUGUAUAUAUAUAUUUAUACAGAUUUAUGAUGUCCAAAUAAAGAGCAUUAAUCGAA